AUGAUCGACGAGAAGCACCGGCUGCUCGCGCACGGCCGGAAGCUCACCAAGGAAGACACCCGCAAGUUCAUGAAGAAAUACCAGAGCAAGCGGAGCUCGGUCGACCCCGACAACGCAAGGUCGAGCUUGCGCGGCCUGUACAACGGGCUCAUCACGAGCUUCACGGCUUCGACCUACCAGACGGCGGGACAGAUCGCUCUCGGUCUACACGUCGGCACGCUACUCAAGACACAUUUGCUGGAUCUAUUCGGACCCAUGGUUGACCCCAUCGGGUACCGCCUGGAUCUCACCACCUACUACGAUGAAGAGGAGAUUCCGUACAUGGGGAACGCCAACGCAAUGGACGGACCACAUAACCUGGCAAUGAACAUCUUCUGCUACGCCCUGGUGUUCGUCGUUAUCCGUGCCCAUCCGCCUCUUUCCCUCAAGAUGGCCAUGAUCUACUUCGGUGCCCGUGUCGUGACGGACUACCUCGUCAUGGUCGCAGAACCCAUACGCAGGAAACUUGGUCUCAUGACUGCAGUGCACACGCCAUGGAGCGGCCUGAUCCAAGCUGGCUUGACGGUGCUGGGAUUUAGUUACCACCGACACACUCUGCACACCGCAAGCGUUACUGGCUUUCAUCCCCUAGUGGUGGGACCUGGGGCAGUGGGACUAGUGGAACCUUUGGUGCGAGUUGCCGUCUGGGUGAGCGAGGUCUUGCACAGAAUCGAGUUCUUCACGGUCAACUUCGUCGCGUCACGCGGCAAGUAG